AUGAGUAAUUCUUUAGAGGAACGUCUACGAGCAAACUCGAGUGCAUUUGAUGGGUUACUUUCUUUGAUUCCUGCCAAGUAUUAUUACGAUGAAGAGACUAAGAAUCAGUGGAAGGCAAAGAAGAAGACUAAAGAACAAUAUCAUGCAGACAAGAUGAAUAAAUUGGAUCCAGAGGAUAAUGCUGAGUCUAAUGCUCUUCAUGUUUUGAAAUUGAGAGAACGUGUGGCUAAACCAGUGGUAUUGCCUGGGGAAAGACUCAAAAAAUUAAAGAAUGCAUUCGAAGAUAAAAUUGAAGAAAAAGAGCAAGAAGCAGAACAGGAGCAAGUGGAGGAAGAAGAUAUCAGAGUUAUCUUUGAUGACGAGGGAAACGAAAUACCUGUACAAGAAGAAGAGGAGGAACAAAAAGAAGAAGAAGAGAAACAACCAAAGAAAGAUAAAAUUGAAAAGAAGAAAAAUUUGACAGAAUUGCGUUCAAAAUUACAAGCCAAGAUUCAGACGUUAAGGGCCAAGAGAAAGGCACCUGGAUCCAAUGUUCAAGGGGCUCCACUCUCAAGAGAUGCCAUUCUCAAAGAGAGAAAACGUAAAGAGGAAUUGAAGAAACAAAAGAAGCAACAGGAUGAAGAUGAAGACGAAGAAAGUGAUUCUAGCGAUGAUGACGAUGCAAGUGAUGUGGAUGACGAAAUAAGGUCGAAUAAGAAAUCAGCAAAGGAUGAAGUUAACGCCGAUAACGUAAUGUUUCAAAAUAUUGUAUUUGAUGAUGGUGCUAAAUUAACAUCAAAUUUACGAAAUAUUAGAAAAAAUCCAAAUCAAAAGAAGAAAGGUCCUUCAAAGAAUGACAUUAAAGCACAUUUGAAGUUAUUAGAGACUAAGCAAAAGAAGAUAGAAUCAAAAGAUGAAUUGGAACAAAUUAAACUGAAAGAAAAAGAUAAAUGGCAAAGAGCAAUGUUACAAGCUGAAGGUGUCAAAUUGAAAGAUGAUGAAAAAUUGUUACGCAAAGCUUUGAAGAGAAAAGAAUCCAAGAAGAGAAAGUCUGCCGUUGAAUGGAGUGAAAGACAAAGAACUGUUCAACAAUCAAAGAUGGAAAAGGCAAAGAGACGUGAAGAAAAUUUGAAAAUUAGGAAGGAAAAUAAAGGUGUUAAGAGAUCCAAACAACAAAAGAUGAAACGUAAAUUCACUGGUUUAAUUAAAAACAAUAAAAAAUCAAAUAAAGUUAGCAAGAAAAGAGCUGGUUUUGAAGGUCGUCUAAAAUCAUCCAAGAAAUAA